AUAAAGUCAGAGUGCCACGUGGAUAAAGUCAGAUGUAAAAAAAACAAAAAAAAUCAAGGAUAAUGUGGAAGAAUGGAAGAAGAAGAAGACGGCGGAGGAGGAACGGGCGCAGAACUCUUGAUGGAAGCGUAGGUGCACUUCUUUAAAUUAUAUAUAACUUUCCUUGAUGAUCUAUUGGUUUCGAAACCGAAGAGAUUCUUGUACAUAAGAAUUGAAAUGAGCCUAUUUCCCUUGGUUUUAGUUAAUCGAGUUUUUAGCCCCUGUCGGUCUUCUUCUUUCAAUUGGCCAAAUUUGUUCUCUAAUAGGAGGAGAUUGGAUUUCCAAGUAGGAAAAAUCUCGUCUUUGGUGGAAGGACACUGGAAUUUAUCUUCUUUUUAUCACAAAUCCCAAUUUCCCUCCUUGCGGAGUUCUCGUAAAUCAAGAUUAUCAUCAAAAUGUAAUAGGAUAACACUUGCAAAGGUUGAUAGGAGCAAAGAGCGGCAUACCCAGUUUGGGAUAGAAGGGAAGCCUAGGUCGAGAAGACAGUUCUCUCUUCGGCUUCGCCCGAGGCUGCGGUUACUCUCAGACAGUCUCAAGAGAUUUACGGUUCAACAGUUCACAAAAAAUGCUAGGAUCGCACUGAACAGAAAUGCAAAGAAGCUUACAUUAUCUGUUUGGUUUUCCCUUGUAUUGGGUUUGUUUUUUGUGUUCUUGAAGUACACAUCUAGACCUGCUUCAGUAGACGUUCCAUAUUCUGAGUUUGUAUCCAAUCUUCAGAGUGGAAGUGUGUCUGCUGUACAAUUUGAAGAGGAUUCUCGGUAUAUUUACUUCAAUAGGAAUUCUGAUGAUCAAACGGUAGCAGAGGGCUUGUCACUAGCUGCUGAUGACCUAGACGUCCAUGCACAAGGAUCUAAAAGCACCUCAUCUGUAAGAGAGAGAGGUGGUACUUCUAUUCUAAAGUGGCGGUACUCUACGAGAAGGAUCAACCAUGAUGAGAGCUUUCUUCUUGGGUUAAUGAGAGAGAAAGGAACUGCAUACAGUUCUGCUCCACAAUCUGCGCACCAAUUAUUGAGAAGCCUUGUGAUGACAUCGAUUACUUUGUGGAUCCCAUUAGCUCCAAUGGUGUGGUUGCUCUAUCGCCAAUUUUACUCGGGCAAUAGUCAUGCAAAGAAACGACGGCCUAGUAAGCAAUCUGUUAGCUUUGAUGAUGUGGAGGGAGUUGAUUCAGCAAAACUAGAACUAAUGGAGAUAGUCUCUUGCUUACAAGGAACAAUAAACUACAAAAAAUUAGGAGCAAAAUUGCCCAGAGGAAUACUGCUUGUUGGACCUCCAGGGACAGGGAAGACCUUGUUAGCUCGUUCAGUUGCUGGAGAAGCAGGAGUUCCUUUCUUCUCAGUUUCUGCCAGUGAAUUUGUAGAACUGUUUGUUGGAAGAGGAGCAGCACGUGUAAGAGACCUUUUUAAUGUGGCUAAAGAAUGUUCACCAUCAAUAGUGUUUAUUGAUGAGCUUGAUGCAGUGGGAGGAAAGCGUGGAAGAAGUUUUAAUGAUGAGCGGGACCAAACACUAAACCAGUUGCUGACAGAAAUGGAUGGGUUUGAGUCAGACACUAAGGUGAUUGUUAUUGCAGCGACUAAUAGACCAGAAGCGCUAGACCCUGCUCUUUGUAGACCUGGACGUUUCUCAAGGAAGGUGCUGGUUGGGGAACCAGAUUUUGAAGGGCGUAAAAAAAUCCUGGCUGUUCAUCUAAGACAAGUACCAUUGGAUGAAGAAAUUGAGAUUAUCUGUGAUCUUAUUGCAUCUUUGACCACAGGCCUUGUUGGUGCUGAUCUUGCAAACAUUAUAAAUGAGGCUGCACUGCUCGCUGCUCGAAGAGACAUAUCUUAUUUCCCGUCCUCACCUAUUCCGACUCGUCAAAGGGAGGAGGAUGAUUUGUUGAUGUAUUCUAUCACAUCCUCCACACCCAUCCUGGAAUCGACUAUGAUCAAGUCUCCUAUUAUUCAAGUCUACUCCAGACGUCAACCUCUUGAUUCAUGUCCUACACCUACUACUUUGUCAUCAAAUCAAGUCUCGAGCGAUGAUCUUUCUAUUGCGUUAUGCAAAGGUGCAGAGACUGUAACCAGAGAUGACAUGAUGGAGGCAGUAGAGCGAGCAAAAUUUGGCAUUAAUCAAAAACGUAGCUCUCCAAUGACGAUAAGUAAGAGUCUUGCUAAACUAUUUCCAUGGAUGCUGACUUCAAUAGGAAAAGAUGGUUUUCAAGGUCUGAUGGGCUACCAAACAUUGAGCUAAUGUUUAUUGUUGAGGCAUGGCUACACAGAAUCGUGCUAGUAACAACCAGAAAAUACCCAAAGCAGCAAUUUUUUUCUUCAUAUUUUAUAAUGAUUUGUUGAUUUGGUAAGCAUCUCUCGGUUUAAAAUAUGCCAGGAAAAAAAUGUAAAUUUGAAGCAUAUCAAAGAGUGACUUGCCAAAAUUUAGGUAUUGAACAUUAUGUAAUUCAAGGGAGACUCAUUUUUAUUCAGCUGUAUUCAUCUUCCACAAGAUGUGACCAGAGAUAUCUAUAUGUUAGAGCAAAGAUGAUAACCCUCAUGCUAGACGGUCUAGUAUCGCUGGCUCCAACAGAGAUAUCUAUGCAUACACUUACAAGCAAUGUGCAAAGGAUGUUCAUCUAUU